AUGUACGAACUCCGGCUUGGAGUUGAUCACAAUGCGGGCAACCAUCUCCCCGUCAAGCCCACACCAACACCGGAGACCCCGACCGUAUGCAAACAGAACGGCAUGUUAGAGAACGGCGAUUACGACCAUCAGCAUAACCACCACCACCACCAUCCUAGCGAAACCGGGAGCACAGCGGACAGUGUGGCUACCAGCUCUUCCGAUUGUCCUACCGGCACCGUGAGCUCCGCCGGUGAAGUAACCAGCAUGUCCGAGGCCGGAUCGGUCUGCGGACGUGUGGAAUGGCGCCGAAUGCGAUUGCCCAAAGAGUCCGAGACCUCGGACGAAUACACACGGUGGCCAAAACUGCGAUUUCGUAUCCUUUGGCGCGCACUCUCCCAUACUCCUAACAACAUCUCUCCGCGCAAGCUUCCUAGGACCACCAGUUUGACCAGGGCGUCAGCGACACCAAACGAGAAUGGUAAACCACGACGUUCCGCAGUUAAAUCCCCCUGCAAGCCGGACCCAUUCAGUGAGAUCGUCCCGAACACUCCGGACACUCCGCGAUCUAAAGCAACUACUCGGCCUCGCAAGCCAUCCACGCGGCCCUAUCUUCUCGACCGUGCUGUGCUUCCCGACCGCCCUGUCACCUAUGGGUUUUUCUAUUUGGGGCGACUUCAACAGUGGUCCGAAUCCAACGACUUUCGCUGUCCAUGGUGUCGUCUGGACUGCUGGCGCGCACGCGAAAGAGCUCCGGAGGCGUUGUUCAUUCAUCUUCGAACGUGUCAUCCACGGUUUCGUUUCAAGGCAUCUUGGAGUUCGUCUCGAUCACACCUGACUCUUGAGGUCUCUCUGAAUGAAGCGUACGAUGGGUCGAAUGAUUGCGGUCUGCGACGUUGGAGCUACGAGCUAACAAACAAUCUGAACGGUCGAUGGAGCGUCCCCCGUGGCCAGCUCAUUGGUGGGUGGACGGGGCUGGGCCUGUUCGGAGGCGGCGAACAAUCAAACAAGUCACUCAGUCUCGCCGGUUCUUCGGCUCGUGUCCCUUGCCCCGUUCGGAGGCUUCCGUACACGCACCUCAUCUUUUGGCGAGGCGCCGAACGAGUAAACGACCAGCCUUUUGAUCCGACUUUAUCAGUCCGGCCGAUCGCAACGGGCCACAAUCGUGUCUACUAUCACACACGUACAAUGCAGCCCAUUCGUGCUUGUGAAUUUGACGUGGACUCCGAAGCAGAAGACUCGCCUGUCUGGUUGUGGCAGCAUUACCAGCGCAAGUUGGAAGAAUUCACUGAUGUAAACCAGGGUGAAAAGCAAAUUAUGCAAUUGUGGAACUCGUUGCUCCUCUCACUAGGACCCUCGGAGCUGAUCACUUAUCUACCGCCGGCACUUGCGGACCAACAUGAUACUUCGGUCGCGGUCGUGGUCGCUUUGGCGAUGAUUAUGGCUACAGUGAAUACGAUCGUGGUGGACGUGGUAGACCGUUCAUGGGGCGCAGCAGAUCCCCGCGUGCUCGUGGUUUUCGUGGCAGCAGUUUUGGAUACGAAGGACGUGGUGGCCCUCGCAAUUCUUACCGUGGAAGACGCGAUGAGAUGGACGAUGACAGAAGGAAUGGUCAUGAAACGCACGCGGAAUGAAUGCUGCACUCAGCUACUCAACGGUCGCGCGCACUUGAAUGAUGGUGAACUUGCUGUGCUCCCGUGA